AUGCUAGGCCGAUUUCAACCCUUCUCCUUGGUCCGGAGUUUCAGACUGGGAUUUGGAGCCUGCUGCUAUCCAAACCGAAAAUAUGCUACUCAGACCAUCAGACCCCCUGACUCCAGGUGCCUAGUCCAAGCAGUUUCUCAGAACUUUAAUUUUGCAAAGGAUGUGUUGGAUCAGUGGUCCCAGCUGGAAAAGGACGGACUCAGAGGGCCUUACCCCGCCCUCUGGAAGGUUAGUGCCAAAGGAGAAGAGGACAAAUGGAGCUUUGAAAGGAUGACUCAACUCUCCAAGAAGGCCGCCAGCAUCCUCUCAGACACCUGUGCCCUUAGCCAUGGAGACCGGCUGAUGAUAAUCUUGCCCCCAACACCUGAAGCUUACUGGAUCUGCCUGGCCUGUGUGCGCUUGGGAAUCACCUUUGUGCCUGGGAGCCCCCAGCUGACUGCCAAGAAAAUCCGCUAUCAAUUACGCAUGUCUAAGGCCCAAUGCAUUGUGGCUGAUGAAGCUAUGGCCCCAGUUGUAAACUCUGCCGUGUCCGACUGCCCCACCUUGAAAACCAAGCUCCUGGUGUCAGAUAAGAGCUAUGAUGGGUGGUUGGAUUUCAAGAAGCUGAUUCAAGUUGCCCCUCCAAAGCAGACCUACAUGAGGACCAAAAGCCAAGAUCCAAUGGCCAUAUUCUUCACCAAGGGUACAACAGGAACUCCCAAAAUGGUCGAGUAUUCCCAGUAUGGUUUGGGAAUGGGAUUCAGCCAGGCUUCCAGACGGUGGAUGGAUCUCCAGCCAACAAAUGUCUUGUGGAGUCUGGGUGACGCCUUUGGUGGAUCUUUAUCCCUGAGCGCUGUCUUGGGAACUUGGUUCCAAGGAGCCUGUGUGUUUCUGUGUCACAUGCCAACCUUCUGCCCUGAGACUGUUCUAAAUGUCCUGUCCAGAUUUCCCAUCACCACUCUAUCUGCAAAUCCAGAGAUGUACCAGGAACUGCUUCAGCACAAGUGUUUCACCAGCUACAGAUUCAAGAGUCUGAAGCACUGUGUGGCUGCAGGAGGACCCAUCAGCCCUGGGGUGAUUGAGGACUGGAAACGCAUCACUAAGUUGGACAUCUAUGAAGGCUAUGGGCAGACGGAAACUGGUCUACUCUGUGCCACUUCCAAAACAAUAAAAUUGAAGCCAAGCUCUCUGGGGAAGCCAUUGCCACCUUAUAUUGUCCAGAUUGUGGAUGAAAACUCAAAUCUCCUGCCUCCAGGGGAAGAAGGAAAUAUUGCAAUCCGCAUAAAACUAAACCAACCUGCUUCUCUGUACUGUCCACACAUGGUGAGCUGGGAGGAAUAUGCUUCAGCAAGAGGCCACAUGCUUUACCUCACAGGUGACAGAGGGAUCAUGGAUGAAGACGGCUACUUCUGGUGGUCUGGUAGAGUUGAUGAUGUUGCCAAUGCAUUGGGUCAGAGAUUGUGA